AUUAUAUCAAAGGUUUAUCUUUAGAACGUUUGUCAGUAUGGACAAAGUUUAAAUAUGGAAUGAAAAUAUUUUUAACAUUGAUGAAAUUUUUCCAAAUAAAUUUAAUUUGAUUUUGAUCGAAAUGAAUGAAAGAGAAACAGAAUUGAUUAAUCGUCUCGAACAUGUCAAGGAUAUUAGAUCAAAGACAUUACAUUUGGAAAAGGUUCGGAGCAAGCUUCGCCAAGAGUUUGAAAGCACAGAGAGUGAAGAAAAAAGACUGGAAGAAUACAAACAAGAAAUGGAGUUACUGCUGCAAGAAAAAAUGGCACACGUUGAAGAGUUACGACUAAUUCAUGCUGAUAUUAAUCUUAUGGAAACCACAAUCAAACAGGCAGAAGAGGAAAGAAACAGAUCUCUCGAGACAGCCAAGAAAUUGUAUGAGGAGUUCCGUCCUCUCAAAGACGAGUUGGAUCAGUUGAGAGGAGUCAUUGGAUUGGAUAAGCUUCCCGACCUUCAGGAAGAUGAGGAAAAACUCACCCCUGACUUCUUUGAAAAGCAGAACACUGAAUGGACCAAUGAACCCCCUCCGGAGCCCCCCAUCCCACAGACAAUGUCUGUUCCUGCAGCCACGCCCACCCAAAUCCAAAUUCCUCGCACCCAGAAACCCCCAGAGCCCCGACAACAAGCAUUCCGACAACAACCACCUCCCAUGAAGGCUUGCCUAUCAUGUCACCAACAAAUUCACAGAAAUGCACCAAUAUGCCCACUGUGUAAGGCAAAGAGCCGUUCUCGCAAUCCAAAGAAACCUAAGAGAAAAUUAGAUGAGUGAGAGAUGGGAGCUGAAGCAGCCGACAGUGGCUCGCAGAAGUUAAAGAGACAAGCGUAGACUAGACUGCAGUGAGAGUAGUAGACGCCACAGGCCCUAUCGAGGUUCUGUCCUAGAGAAACUCGGGAAUAACUGAGGCAGUAGGUUGUAUUUAGAAAGCUUGAAUACGGUACUCCAAAUAGAUUUCAAGCUAUAGACUAAACAGAAUACAUAUUCGUUAAGUUUAGUGUUCUAAAAAAUGUGUUCAACACUUGUGAAUUUAAAAUUCUUGUGUAAGAUCCAUCAAAUCUUGCUUAUUUUACAUCCAUUUGUUCUGCCAAAUAUACAUGCAUGUUCAUCUGUUAGAUUCUGGUUGUUUGUGGUUGUGAAAUAAACAACUGUAUCAUAACAAUUCAACACCAUGUAUGUUUCAUUACUUAAUUUCUCAGUGAAAAUUUAAGCACACGUGUCGCUUUUGCUUUGAUGUUUCGAACUUCUCUGUUAUAGUUUUCUGUUAGAUAUUAUGUAUGUGGUGCAUGUCUUGUAGAUGUAUAUUUUGAAAUAAAUCUUUUCUUUUCUA